GCGGAUAAUGAAAAUGGGAUACUUCGCUAAGAAUGAGCGACCCGCUGCUAGCCAUGGAAUGGCGUGAAACAUUGAGAGAGCCGACUAUCGGAGAUUAUAUCCGUUAGAUGUAGGUAACACUGGCUUCAAUCAUGUCCUCGGUGAGAGAUCAUAUACGACGUAUCACCGGGGGAGACGGGAUCCAAUAAGAUCAUGGUAAAACAAGGCAGCAACAGUAGAGUGCAAAAACUUACUCGUGGCCUGGUGGCCUGGUGGCCUUGUCCUUGUUUCGUUCUGCUUUUUUCACUUCCUCUUACCUCGGCGCUUUCGAAUCUCAUGUAUCAGGAAGGCAAAGACACGCGAGACUGCCCUUGUCCAAUCAUCCAUUACCAGUUCCUACUCUUCAGAGCCGCCAGCACCGCCGCUCAAUUGCAGAAAAUUUCCUCGUGGCCACAUCCAAGAAACUCGAGAACACGACAGCUGCGCUCAUCCGCUUCAUCCGCUUCUUGUUGGUACUGUAGGUGUGCACCGCUUAUCAUCACUUCCGGGCCCGGUCCCACGGUUCACCAGCCACCCUUACCUCGCCCGCGCCCAGUAAUGGUGCCUGGUAGGACUUCCCGGGCUCCCUCUCUCAGACGUGCGCGCCCCGGCAAUUAGCCCGAAUUGUGUGUACCGUAUUUGUUUUGACGGGUGGGGAGAGUGUCUCGCGGAGAGGAGCGCCGUAGGCCGACUGGUUAGACGAGAUCCCGACAGCGUGGCUCCGUCAUCCUUCGCUCGCCAGGCCACGUCUUGUGAUUCCUCGUAGCGCUGGGUCGUCAUAAUAUGGUUUCACGCUAGGUGACCCAAGACGGCUUAUCAUAAGCACCAAUUAAGGCCAAGAGCGACG